GUCUGCCUGAACCGCCUGAGCCGUCCCCAGUCAUCCGAGUCGAUGGGUCUUUCCGGACGAAAAGAAAAGCAGAGGAUUCCUCACGACCCGAGGAACUUAUCCUGGGCAGACAAUGCUGCCAAGUUCGGCCAGGCGUAUCUGCAAAAGUUCGGAUGGGACACCUCAAAAGGCCUCGGGGCCAACUCGGAUGGCCGGACGUCACAUAUCAAGGUCUCGCAGAAGCUGGACAUGAUGGGUAUCGGCGCGCAGCACCAGAAGGACCCGAACGGGAUUGCUUGGAAGCAGAAUAACGAUUUCGAGCGGUUACUACGGCGGCUGAAUGCGUCUGGUGACGAAGCUGGCGCUUUGGACGACGAGAAUGCAGUUGGGACGAAGGUGGCAGGUUUUGCGAAGGCAGGUAAUGAGCAAGAGACCGAGGAGGUGGGAGAGAAACGGAAGACACGGGACGAGGAUGACGGGCAGGAAAAGCGGAAAAAGAAAAAGAAGAGGCGGGCGGACGACGAGUCAGUGGGGGUGGACAAAGGCUCAGAGGUUGAGGCUAGCGAGAACGAGGGACACAGUGCGGAGAAAAGGGAGGAGAGAAGAAAGCGGGAUAAGGAAGGGAAACGUGAAAAGUCUGGUAAGAAACGCAAGGAGAAGAAAGAGAAGAAGGGAGAGCGUGAAGGAGAGACCGAGGGGGGAACGGCAGACAUGGAUGAGAAGUCGCCUUCGACCAGUGCCUCGUCCUCAAGCACGGCACCAGUCUCGGAGAAGAAGGCUGGUUCAGUCCGGCCUUUGGCCCAUCGCGCCCGUCUCAUACGGCACAAGAGGAUGGCCUAUCAGGACGCCGCCGCAGUCUCCGAAAUCUUGGGUCUGUCACGAUCCGCUUCGAUGACCGCGUCUCAGUCACCUAUGACGCCUGCUGAAGUCGACUCUGUUCUCUCCCCGAAUGUCGAUACCCUGCACCUACUCACGACAUCGUCCAAGAGCGUUAUGGACUACUUUAAGGAAAAGUUGCUCGCUAAAUCUGGGACGCCUACUCCGACCGGUUCUCGCCCUGAUACCCCUCUCAAUGCUGGGAUUGGGAUGGCGAGGAGAGACGAGGACGACGCGGCUCCUCGGAUGGGACUCGGAGGUGCCAAGUCGAUGAUGUCGAUGUUCACUUCGGCAUCCUCGUCUGUCCCUCUUUCGCACGAACCUUCAGGUGACGACCAAGAUUCCGUCCCUCGUUCCCCUGUGACAGACGUGGCGGGCGAUGAGGACCGCGGGUCGUGCGACAAGGCGGAAGCUAAGAAAAGGAAGAAGAAGGAUAAAAAGGAAAAGAAAAACAAGCAGAGGCGAGAGCAUUCUUAGAUGCUUGUGGAAACGGGUUUUAUUUUGUAUAGACCAUACCCUCCCAGCUUGUCGAUUCUGGACCCACCCUGAUGACAGCGCUUCGCCAUACCACGCGGGUCGAGUCUCUCGAAGUUAUGUCUCCUGUCCGUUUUUUGGUCUGAGAUGUGCCCCUCACGAACCGUCGCGAAUCUCACAUUUUCGAGGCAUCUGUCGGUUAUUGCGAAGGCGACCUUCGGUUUGUCGGACAUGGUUAGUGAGCGCCCUGUGGUGCAGAGUGGCAACUUUCCUACACAGAAGGCCUUUGUGGUCUGAGUUCCGGGCGUAAGCUAUCGUGGCUGACCCCUCAUUGUGUUGGUCAAUAUAUGCGAGGCAGCACGACGCUUUCAGUAAUUCCUUGCUGCGUUCAAGCGCUACACUGCUAUAUGACAUUGGGAGUACACACCCUUCCUCUCA